GGGGCGGGGUGAAAGGUCACAGCGCGGCGGCGGGGCUGGCGGCGGCGGCGGGAGCGGAGCGCCCCGUGUGCACGUGCGGAGCGGCGGCCGUACCUGCGCGCCCGCGGGACACGUCCGCGCCCUCCGCGCAGAUUCAGGGCCGCGCUCGACUCUCGCGGCCUCCGUCACCCGCUCAACUCCCUGCCCUAGGCGAGGAGGCCGGCUUGGGUUGAGGGGCCCGAGCCGAGGGCGCGGAGAGCUCGGGGCGGCGAGGACGACGGCGUGGCGAGUGCUGGUAACGACGGCCUCAGCAGGCGGGGAAGAUGAAAGGUAGCCGGAUCGAGCUCGGAGAUGUAACACCACACAAUAUCAAACAGCUGAAGCGGUUAAACCAGGUCAUCUUUCCAGUCAGCUAUAAUGACAAGUUCUACAAGGAUGUACUGGAGGUUGGCGAGCUAGCAAAACUUGCCUAUUUCAAUGAUAUUGCUGUAGGUGCAGUAUGCUGCAGGGUGGAUCAUUCACAGAAUCAGAAGAGACUUUACAUCAUGACACUAGGAUGUCUUGCACCCUACCGAAGGCUAGGAAUAGGAACUAAAAUGUUAAAUCAUGUCUUAAACAUCUGUGAGAAAGAUGGCACUUUUGACAACAUCUAUCUGCACGUCCAGAUCAGCAAUGAGUCAGCAAUUGACUUCUACAGGAAAUUUGGCUUUGAAAUUAUUGAGACAAAGAAGAACUACUAUAAGAGGAUAGAACCUGCUGAUGCUCAUGUGCUUCAGAAAAACCUCAAAGUCCCUUCUGGUCAAAAUGCAGAUGCACAAAAGACAGACAACUGAACAAAUUACAAAUGAACUUUCUUGCACUUGCUUGUCGCCAAAUAAAAAGAGAGGCCCAUUAAUCCCCUCCCCUCUUUGUUAAGCUUUCCCUCCUAGUUCUCUUGUUCUUGGUUUUCCUUUUUUCCCCCCUCUUUCCUUUAAAAGUUUAAAUAAUUUCAAGGACUUUUAAAAAUAAUCAUGUUUGGAUUGUUUCAAUUCUCGCAUUUUUGUGAGGUGGUUGGAUUGAAGGAAGAAGAUCUGUUUACUUUCAUAGUUAAGAUGUAUAACCCGAAAAUUUUGGGUAUAAAAUAAUUUGAAAUUUUUAAACUUUUUUUUAACGUCCUGCUUUCACAUUGAAGGGCAGAGCCUACAAAUAUUGUUUAUUUCAAAAGACAAAAAGACACAGCAGCAAUAUCUUUUUCUCUGAUUCAUAGACAAGUUUGGUGUGUUGUGGUACUUUGGGUUUUUAAAGACUAUUUGUGGGAUGCAUAUCCCUAGACAUUGCCUUCACCCCACCUUUAGUCCUUCUGAGCACUCUCAGGAGUUGGACCAUUGUUAUCCUUGUGAGAAAUACUAAGCUUAUUUAGAUUUUUUAAACAGUUGAUUUUUCUCUUGCUGAUUGAUGGGGAAGUUUGGGUAGGUAGUGUUACACGUUGGUCUAAGUAUUUGAGUUAUACUGCUUUUUUAAUGAGUGGACUGAUUGUCAGCAGGUUUGUUUUUCCUGCUGUUGUUACUAGAGGCAUUAACAUUUAGAGUGAGCUGGUGAGAUUAAAUUUUUUUUAAUAUCCCAGCUAGAGAUGAUAGCCUUUAACUGACCUAAAGAAGUUUAUUGUGAUUUAGUUUUUUCUCCUGUCCUUUUUCUUCAGUAAGCCCAACAAUACCAUAGUUAGUCUAACUUUAAAAAUGGAGUUGAUGUCCUUACACGUUAACGCCCCUAAAUAAACCUGAAGAAGGUGUUUUUUUCUUGGACGCAUUUUAAAAUACCUAAAGAAAAGCUUAGAUGGAUUUGUGGCACAAUAAAUGCACUUAAUGUCAACUAAUACAAGCUGUUAAAAAUGUUGCCAGUGAGUGAUUAUAUAGGAAAGAAUAUCUAGACAGUAUUUUUUGAGAAUAACAUAGUUAUGGUGAUACUCCUUAUCGGUUGGAGAAUAUCCCGGAUUUGCUUAUACUCUGUGCCUACGAUAUUGAGUUUAAGGAUUUGGGAUAAGAGGAAUUAUUGAACAAACUGUUUCUAUUCUUGGGAAGGUAGAAGCAUAAAGUGUUAAUAGUACAGAUAUCACUGUGACCUCCUCUACUGACAAGUGGUUUUAUGCUAGAUGAUUAUCUGGCAAGUAGGGAGUGGUUAUGACAAGUUGAUAACUAUUUUCCUCCCAUUGUCCAAUCUCAAUAUUUGCCGUUUUUUUAGAUUGUCAGUGGUGGUAGCUCAAGAACUGUUCUUGGUAGACUCGAAAGCAGUACACAAAGCUUGAGUUUUCUGUCUUUUGACUUUUUUUUUUUUUUUGGUACUGGGAAUUGAACUCAGAACCUCAUGUUUGCUGGGCAGGCACUGCGCCACUGAACUAAAUCCCUAGCCCUGUCAUCUGACUUUAAAAGGAAGUUUGAUUUGUAAUAUUUAUCCUUAUAUGUAAAAGUCUCAUCUCCAAAUAAGUUACAUGGCAAAAUUACUUUAUACAGUGUUUGUACACAUUUAUAACCUUAAGUUUUCAUUUGGAAAUGUGAAAGUACAAAGUAAAAUAGACUUCAGCAGUCUUGAGUGCCAAGAAAAAUUUUUUAAAGGAAGAUGGUUGAUGAGUAAUUAUAUAGGGUUCUAAUCUCAUUGAAAGUGUAGAAAGACCAUGCUAGCUGGUCUUUCGUAUCAGUUUCUUAAUCUGAAUCCAAUCUUAGAAGAAAUGUUUAACAUUAAGCACCUUUACUUAGCUUCAUGGAUAAGUUUCAGCUUGCUCUUGCCAAGAGAAGAGUGCUUGAGUUACAGAAAGCAUAAUUAGCAUGAAGAGUUCAGCCUUUUUGUAAACUUCCAGAUAUCAAAAUAGAUUUUGAUAUAUUAGGGAAUUUUCUGAGACUACACUGCCUCUAUUUCACCUGGACUGUCUAAGCAGUCCUAUGAAUGUAUCCCUAAAUGUGGUUAUUGAAAACCAAAUAGCUGCCUCACGAUUAAGUACAUGUUAUUUAAAGACAGAAGAAAAACAUUCAUGUUUGAAUUAAGUGUGUAGGCUUCCUGUCGUUGUGGUUUCUUUUUCCACACUAGUCAAUGACUUAAUCUAAAUUCUUAGUGUUGGUAAAGGGUUAAUUGUCCUCCAUCAAGUUGGUAUUAAAUAAUUCCAUCCACAUAGAGAAGGGAGUGUGAAAGAGGUCGAUACUGGGUACUACUAGUUCAUACGUCUUUGAGUCAAUAAAGACUAAUGUCCAUUGUUGAGUUGAUUAUUUUGACAAAUGCUAAAAAAUAAUCUUUGAGAUAAAUCAGUAAUUAUAUUAAUUAGAAGAUCACAGAAUAUCCACUUUUCAAGAUAGAUUGUUUUUACUGUGGGGCAAAUAGAUUAAAAUUAUACCAUAUGCUAAGUUGCAUUUAAGUCUAUAAAAGAAUCUGUAGAGAAAUCUAUGCAAUAUAUAAUUUGCCCAAAUUAGUUUUCAUUUGGGGGAAAGAGUUCUAAAGUAUUUCCAAAGCAGUUUUCUCAUCAGUUGAAAAGUCCUUCAGAAAGUGAACUAUUGGGAAACCAUGGUUUGUGGUGGUGGAAAAGAAAAGCUCCCUCAGUUUUUGGAGGGAAUAACUUUAAAAAUACUUAAAUGGUUAAGUUUACUUGGUGCAGUUAAAAAUUAAACUUUUCAAUUUUAACAUUGCUGUUACAUCUGAAAUAAACUUAUGUGAUGUUCUGGUAGUGA